GCAACAGACCCAUCGUGGUAAAUGUAAACAUUAGGACGAGUGAAGCUAAACUGUUGUGGAUGAUAAACAGUUUACCAGCUAAUGUUACGUUUACAGGUUACUACACCAUUAAUUUACGGUGGAAUAAGGUAAAAAAUAAUGAUUUUGUCAAGGACAGAGUGUGUUUUGCAAUGUCAGUCUCUAAAAUCAGCCACACGAGAAACAGCAAGUUCAUGAAACGUUUGGUAUUAAGUUAAGUGUGUUAUGAUAAUUAUGCUGCCAUCCGUUUAUCGUGGGAUAUGGAGAGCUGCUGUCCACACACUUAGGACAAGCAGAGGAAAUCCACCUCGCAGAUUCUUGUCCAGUUGCGAUGGACUCCCGGUUGGACUGGCUGAUGCUGAGACCAUCUUUGCAUUGUCAUCAGGCCACGGCAGGUGUGGGGUGGCUGUGGUACGAGCCAGCGGUCCAGCUUCAGCCACAGUUCUGCGGUGUAUGGCCGGGCUCACACGCAGCCUUCCUCCUCCACGCACCGCCCUUUUACGCAGCAUCAUAGAUCCCCAAUCAAAAGAGGUGCUGGACCGUGGGCUUGUGCUCUGGUUCCCAGCUCCUCACAGUUUCACAGGAGAGGACUGUGUGGAGUUCCACAUCCACGGUGGUCCUGCUGUCAUUACUGCUGUCUUACAGGCCCUUGGAAGCGUGGCUGGCAUGAGGCCUGCAGAAGCUGGAGAGUUCACGCGGAGAGCCUUUCAAGCAGGGAAACUGGGUUUAACAGAGGUGGAGGGGCUCGGGGAUCUGAUCCAUGCUGAGACAGAGGCCCAGAGGAGGCAGGCUCUCAGGCAGAUGUCAGGAGAACUGGGACGCCUUUAUCAGGACUGGAGCUACAGACUAAAACGGUGUCUGGCUCACGUUGAAGCCUUCAUAGACUUCAGCGAGGAUGAGCUCAUUGAGGAUGGGGUCUUAAAUCAUGUGGACAGAUCGGUGUGUGAUCUGCAAGCGGAGAUUGAGCGACACCUAAAGGAUGAGAGGAGGGGCGAGCGGCUACGCAGCGGAGUCCACGUGGUCAUCGCAGGAGCCACCAACGCAGGGAAAAGUAGCCUCCUGAACACACUGUGCCAGAGACCUGCAGCCAUUGUGUCUCCCAUUGCUGGCACCACCAGAGACGUAGUAGAGACGGCACUGGACAUUGGCGGAUUCCCUGUCCUCUUGAGUGACACAGCCGGCCUCAGAGAGAGCCCCGACCUGGUGGAGAAAGAAGGAGUCCGCCGUGCUCGAGAAAGAGUGGAGCAGGCAGAUCUGACUCUGGUGGUUGUGGACUGUACUAAUCUCCCCUCUGAUGCACAGCAAGCUGCAGCCUUCCUUCAGGAGCACCUCAGGAGUGUCCUGCCCAGCCAGGAGCAGCCUGAGACGGUAUUUCCUGCAAACAGGUUUCUCCUAGUGCUGAAUAAAACUGACCUGUUGCCUCAGGAGCAGAGGCAGAAGCUGGACGGGGAGCUGAGACAGGUCUCUGGACUCCCUCCUUUUUGUCUUAUCUCUUGCCACAAUAAUGAAGGACUGCAGGACUUCCUCACAGUGCUGCACAGCCGUGUCAAGACUCUGUGUGGCGACCCUCUGUCUGGUGCCCCCACCCUGACCCAGGCCCGCCACAGGGCCCACCUGCAGCAGUGUUUUGCGGCCCUGGCUCAGUACCAGCGGUACCGCGACAUCGACCUGGCCCUGGCAGCUGAGGGUGUCCGGUUGGCUCUCACCAGCCUGGGCCGGAUUACUGGACGGGUCGGGGCAGAGGAGAUCCUGGAUAUCAUCUUCAAAGACUUCUGCAUUGGGAAAUAGUUGGAUGAGUAGCAGCGAAAACAUAAAAUACAUGUAACAUUAGCCUGCUCAGAGAGGAAGGCUGCAUUCUUGUUUGGUCCCAGAGUAUCAGUAAAGCUACAGCCUCGGCACUGCGCCAGGCUUCGAGGCACAGCGAGGGAAAAAAGAAUGAAAUUCAUGUUCUUGGCUGCAGGAUCACUAUCCCAAGACAAAAUGUUUGUUUUCUGUUGAUGCUUUUCAACAGACUAAAAUAGUUUUAGCGUGAUGAUGGGUGCCUCAGAGGCCCAAUAUGCUGGACAAGUGUUCGGCAAAUUCUUGAGUCGUAAUUUUAAAAAUAGUUUUGAAAGCCUUUGAUAGGUGAAUAUAGGGCUCUUGGGUCGCAACAUAACAGCCAAGAUCAUUUAAAAUAUAGCCAGCUGCAGACAUCUGCAAGGUCAUGGACAAGUCUAGAUGUUUACUUGUACUGCAGGACAAUGAAGGAUAUUAUUUUUGGUAUCAUUUCAGCUCUACUCCUUUGUGUGUGUGUGUGUGUGUUUAGUGGAAAUUCACACAUUGACACCUGAAACUUUUUAGGGUAACUCAAAAUCCUUGGCUGUCACAUUAAUUUAAUUAGCAAACAAUGUACCUGUGUUCACGUGUGAAUUGUCCACAUGAAUAUUUAAAAUGAAGACAUUUAUUUUAUACAUAAUUAAUACAUGUCACAUGGGAUAUUUGAUGUUGAAUAAAUGGGAUGAUGAGUGUUUUUGUAUCAAAUCAAA